AUGGGUUGUUUCUUCGGUAAAGAUUCUUCACCUGCAGUAAGAUAUAAAAUUAAUAAUGAAGAAAAUGGCGUUAAAGCGGGGGCGAUCAAUGAGAAAAGUUCAGCCAAAGACCGAUCUGGAAAUUCCGUAUCUUCUGGCAGAAAUGGCCAACCUUCAAACGCAAAUACAAAAGAAAAAGGCAAAACGUACGUGGCUAUUUACGAUUAUGAUGCCCGUACAGACGAAGAUUUGACAUUUCGUGUAGGAGAAAUUUUAAUUGUAUUUGAUGACAGUCAGGAAGAUUGGUGGUUGGCGAAACAUUCACAAACGGGUUUAAGAGGUUAUAUCCCAGCUGUAUAUGUAGCACCAUACGGCGGAUUAGAUGUUAAUGUAUGGUUUCACAAUAACGUAUUAAGAAAAGAAGCUGAACGACUUCUACUAAAUCCAGUUAAUCCACGAGGAUGUUUUCUAGUUCGAAAUUCUGAAAAUGCACCUGGUCCGUAUUCGUUAUCCGUCCGUGAUUUAGAUGAACAACGUGGCUCUCAUGUAAAACAUUAUAAAAUACGUACAUCAGACACCAAAGGCUAUUACAUAGCAGCUCGAAGAGUAUUUAAAACAUUAGAAGAAUUAGUCAAAUAUUACAGUGAAAAUGUGGAUGGUUUAUGUUGCCAACUAACUAUUCCCUGUCCUCGACCAAAACCAACCACAUGUACAAUAUCUAAAGAUGUGUGGGAAGUACCAAGAAAUAGUUUACAAUUUGUUAGAAAAUUAGGACAAGGAAUGUUUGGGGAAGUAUGGGAGGGUAAAUGGAAUCGAACGACUGAUGUAGCGAUAAAAACAAUGAAAGCCGGUACAAUGUCUACGCAAGCAUUUGUUGACGAAGCAAAUAUAAUGAAAAAAUUGCGGCAUGAUAAACUAGUUCAAUUAUACGCUGUUUGUACCGAACCUGAAGAUCAACCGAUAUACAUUGUCACAGAACUGAUGUCACACGGCAGUCUACUUGAUUACUUACGUGAUGGCAACGGUCGUGAUUUGAAAUUACCGACCUUAGUUGACAUGGCCGCACAGAUCGCUGCUGGAAUGGCAUACCUUGAACAUGAACAUUAUAUUCAUCGUGAUUUAGCCGCAAGAAAUGUGUUGGUCGGUGAUAAUAAUGUAUGCAAAAUCGCUGAUUUUGGGCUAGCCAGAAUCAUCAAUGAAGAUAUCUAUGUGGCGAAAGCUGGUGCUAAAUUCCCUAUCAAAUGGACAGCACCCGAAGCAGCUAUAUAUGGAAAAUUCACGAUCAAAAGUGACGUAUGGUCAUACGGAAUAUUAUUAUACGAGUUAGUUACACAUGGUCAAGUACCAUAUCCAGGUAUGGCAAAUCGUGAAGUUUUAGAUCAAAUUCAACGUGGUUAUCGUAUGCCUCGUGUAGAAGCAUGUCCAGAGAAGAUUUAUGAAUGUAUGAUACGAUGUUGGGAUUCAAAUGCCGAUAAUCGGCCCACUUUUGAAUAUUUAUACGCAUUUUUCGAUGAUUUUACAGCAUCAUCUGGUCCACAAUAUCAUGCACAGAAUUAA